CUGCUGCUCACCAAGAUCCCCUUCUUCAGAGAAAUCAUCGUGAGCUCUUUUUCCUGCGAGCACUGUAACUGGACCAACACGGAGAUCCAGUCGGCAGGCAGGAUCCAGGACCAGGGAGUGCGCUACACGUUGACGGUCAGGGGCCAGGAGGACAUGAACAGAGAGGUGGUGAAGACGGACUCCGCUACCACUAGGAUCCCUGAGCUGGAUUUUGAAAUACCUGCUUUCAGCCAGAAGGGAGCUCUGACCACCGUUGAAGGAUUGAUCACCCGUGCUAUCUCUGGCCUGGAGCAGGACCAGCCAACACGAAGGGCGAGUGAAGAAACCUUAGCUGAAAGAAUCGAUGAGUUCAUUGUCAACCUGAAGGCGCUAAAGCAAGUGGCCUCCCCUUUCACUCUGAUCAUUGAUGAUCCCUCAGGGAACAGCUUUGUGGAAAACCCAUUUGCCCCCCAGAGAGAUGAUGCCCUGGUGAUCACGCACUAUAACCGAACUUCAAAGCAGGAGGAGAUGCUGGGACUCCAGGCUGAGGUACCAGAAGAGAAGCCAGAAGAGGAUGAUCUCAGAAAUGAAGUGCUCCAGUUCAGCACAAACUGCCCGGAAUGCAGUGCUCCGGCUCAGACCAACAUGAAGCUAGUGCAAAUCCCCCACUUUAAGGAGGUUAUCAUCAUGGCCACCAACUGCGAGAACUGUGGGCACCGCACCAAUGAGGUGAAGUCUGGGGGUGCAGUCGAGCCCUUGGGCACCAGGAUCACCCUUCAUGUGACAGACCCUUCCGACAUGACCAGAGACCUCCUCAAGUCUGAGACGUGCAGUGUGGAAAUCCCAGAGCUGGAGUUCGAACUGGGAAUGGCUGUCCUCGGGGGCAAGUUCACCACGCUGGAGGGGCUGCUGAAGGACAUCCGGGAGCUGGUCACCAAGAACCCGUUCACACUGGGUGACAGUUCCAGCCCUGGCCAGGCACAGAAACUGCAGGAGUUCAGCGAGAAGUUGGACCAGAUUACCCAGGGUCACAUGAAGGCCCACUUUAUUAUGGAUGACCCAGCAGGAAACAGCUACUUGCAGAACGUGUAUGCCCCUGAAGACGAUCCUGAGAUGAAAGUGGAGCAUUAUAAGCGCACGUUUGACCAGAACGAGGACUUGGGGCUCAACGACAUGAAGACAGAGGGCUAUGAGACAGGCCUGGCCCCACAGCGGUAGCAGUGGGGUGCUCGUGGGCCAGCCCCCAGCGCUCCUCAAGCCGCAGGGUGACUUAGGACUGUUGUAAGAAGGCUGCAGAGGCCUUGGGCUGAGUCGGACACUGGGGCCCUCUUUCUUGGGAGCUGGUGAUGAGGCGCACACCUGUGGGUCACCGGACCUCCUUUUGGAAGUUGUGAAUCAGCCCAUGAAGAAACCGUGAACUGUGGGCACGUCAUGACCACAUUUCUUAUUGAGUCACAAUGCUCUCUGCCUUAGUCCAACCCUGCCGUUCUUCCUCUCCCGACCCAAGGAAAUGGGAAAAUAUGAGACAUGGCCAGAGGUGGAGUUUGGGAGUUGGUUUUAGGUAAAUGAAAUACUGACUUUCAACAGGAGAGGUAGGUUUCUUAUCACGAGAGAGUUCAAGGUAGGUGAAGACGUUCUUAAAGGGAAGGCUUUCCAAAUAGGGCUGGCCUGGGUGUUCAUGCUGUCCUUUUGAGACCAUGCUGCUAGAAUUCAGACUCCUGAAUAAAAAUUUUCACCAAUGUGACCAUCGCCCUUUGGGUUUGGGAUUGGAAAUUGGAAGCUUCAUUUAUUCCUUCAGCACAUGUUUGCAUGCCUACCAGGUGCCAGGCACACCAAACCUGCCUUCACGGAACUUCCACUGACAGGCGUCCAGUUAACAGCGCUAAUUUCAGGACCGAAUGAGGGAGUCCAUCCACAUGCGGAUGGUCAUCAGUGGGGCAGCAUGGUGAACCGGGGGAGGUUGGUAAGGCCAGCAACAGUGCUGCAUACUUAGGGUCUUGAGUAGUGUUAGAUCAGAGAAGAUCUCAACAAGCAAGUGAUGAAUCAGUUGACUCUUAGGCAAAACUGAGUGGUAGUAAAGGGUGGAGCCAUGUGAAUAGUAGGGGAAAGAUGUUUCCAGGCAGCGGGAACCUCAAACGUAAAAGCUCAGAGGCUGGAGUAUGUUGGUGGCAAUGGGAAUAGGGGAGAGAGGUCAUCUGCUUCUACUGUCAAUUACAAAUGGGGAAACUGAGGGCCGACCAGGGAGGGGGGGGGCUGCUGGCGGCUGUGUAGGGGAUCCACUGCAGCCCUUGGCCCGACUCUCCAGCCGGUGGUGUGUGCUGUAGCCUCCUGCCUCCCUUCACUCCAGGCAGUCUCACCAAUGGCUGUGCUGCCGCUGCAGCUACAGGUUAAUUUGUUCAUUAAAGACCUAUUAGUGGACCAA